AUGUUUGAGCGGCCAGUUGUCGCCUUCGAGCCUGGGCAGGGCUUCAGCCUGGUGGGCGCCGAUAUAUUCGUCGACCGAGAAGAGCUUGAAGGCAUCCACAUAGCUGCCCGAAAUCUUGCCAAAGACUUCGCCAAAGUUACCGGAGCCACAAGCGGCAACGAAAAAGUGGCAGGUCCAAGCCCGGUUCGUGUAUCCAAAUCGUGCAUCAUCAUCGGAACCGUCUCCCGGUCGCCUACGAUCAAGAAGUUGCAAGACAACAAAACUUUCGAUACUAGCCAGGUCGACGGUAAAUGGGAGUCAUGGAUGACCACGAGCGUGACCAACCCAAAGGAGGGUUACGACAACGGUCUUGUAAUUGUUGGCAGCGACAUGAGAGGCGCAAUAUUCGGCACCUACUCUCUCUCCGAGCAGAUUGGUGUUUCACCUUGGCACUGGUGGGCAGAUGUGCCUCCCAAAAAGCAUGGGUCAAUAUAUGCCCUGCCGGUUGCGACCUUUAACGGUGAGCCCAGUGUCAAAUAUCGCGGCAUCUUCAUCAACGAUGAGUCACCCGGCAUGGAUUCGUGGGCCCAAGAGAAGUUUGGACCCAAGUUCGACUCGAUCUUGUACCACUACGUCUUCGAGCUCUUGUUGAGGCUCAAGGCCAACUUCAUGUGGCCCGCCAUGUGGCGAGUUAUAGGGACCUCACACCAUGAGCCUAUGCAGAGGGCCGCCAGUGAGUGGACUUCUACCCAGCCAGAUGGAACUUGGGACUGGGACAGGAACCGGGAGAAGGUGACGCGGUACUUUGAAGAGGGCGUCGAAAGGGCGAGGCCCUACCAGUCGUACGUGACGUUAGGCAUGAGAGGUGAUGGCGACGCGCCGAUCAACGGAAGAGAUCCGCAGAGGAUACUAAAGGAGGUGCUGGAAACGCAGAGAAAUAUCAUCAAGAAGACGUACGGGAGCGAGGACGGGGUCACGCAACUGAUGGCCCUCUAUAACGAAGUGCAGGGGCUUUAUGACGGCGGGCUUCAGCUGCCCGGCGACGAUGUGACGAUUCUCUUUGCAGACGACAACUUUGGGUCGCUUCGUCGGCUUCCCAACGAAGACGAGGCAAAGAGAUCCGGUGGCUCUGGAUAUUACUAUCACUUUCAGUACACUGGCUACCCGCGGUGCUAUAGAUGGAUUAACAGCAACACCUUGGGCAAGGCAUGGCAUCAGCUGCAGCUGGCCUAUGCUCGAGGCUCCAACCGCCUGUGGGUUUUCAACGUGGGCGAUCUCAAGCCCAUCGAGGUUCCGAUGAGUUUCGCCUUUGAUCUAGCUUGGAACGUCAAGUCUAUCAGUGCCAACUCCUUCAACGACUACUUCAGGCAUCUAGCUACGCGGGAGUUUGGCGAAAAGCACGCGGCAGGCAUCGCCAAGGCUUGGUAUGACUUUGAUCGUCUGGUCGCCCUUCGGAAACAGGACCACAUUGACCCGAACACGUUUCUUCUUCUCAAGCAUCACGAGGCGGAUACCGUCGUCGGACGCUGGAGUCGACUGGAGAAGGAUGCGGCGCAGAUAUACUCUCAGCUCAAUGACGAGCAAAAGUCGGCCUUUUUCCAACUGGUCCUUCAUCCGAUCAGGGCAUCGCAUCUCUGCACUCUGUUGCGCGUGACCCAGUAUCGAAACCAGCUGUUCGCGAAACAGCGUCGGAACACGACCAAUACGCUCUUCUACCGGUGUCUGAAACUCCUCGACGAUGACCAUGCCCUGACCCAAGAGUAUCAUGCCAUCUCCAAUGGCAAAUGGAACCACUAUCUUCGACAGCCUCAUUACGGGUAUGGGCCCACCGGUGGGCAGCCAUAUCGCAACAUGAUUGAUGGGCUCUGCUAUGUUCAGACGAGAGAGGACUCAAACCCGAGUGUCGGGCAGAUGGGAAUUGCGGUUGAAGGGAUCGAGGGCGUCCAUCCCGGUCACAUCAACGAGGACUCGGACAGAACUCAUCCGUCGCGCAAAUGGCUCGAGCCCGGCGUCACGCUGCCAUUCAUUACGCCCUACGGGCCUCAGACUCGGUACUUUGAGGUCUUUCACCAGGGCACCAAGGCCUUUGACUGGACUGCCAAGCCACAGUAUGACUGGAUCAAACUUUCACGGCACCAGGGGCACCUAGAACCCAGCGAUGACGACACGAGGGUGAUUGUCACCGUUGACUGGUCUGCCGUGCCUCCGUUGUUUGACGAAAUGACAUACAUUGAGAUUAUCGGCACCCUCGACGGCUAUGAGAAGGUACACUUGACGGUUCGAAGCAGCCGAGUGCCAGACGGCUUCACCGGCUUCGUCGAGACAAGCGGCCACCUGGCCAUCGACGCGGGUAACUGGGUAAGGGCGCCCUACAUUCAUCUGCCGACGCUUGGUCGCCCGCUGGCCGGGUCUGUGACACUGCCCAACGACACAGACUUUGGCAGAGCCGACGAGCUGCCGUUCCUGCGCUAUCCGGUUUACGUGUUUUCGCAGCGCGACAACGCCAACUUGGAGCUGCAAUUCAACAUGACGCUGGAGACGGAUCCCAAAAGCCGGAUGGAGUACGAUGUGCGGUGGGACGACGGAGCGGUACAGAAGCACCGACUCACUGAGGAUGAUCCUGGAAACGGCAACGGCCUGCCCAGGGACUGGAACCGAGCGGUGAUGGACUGCGUCUGGAGAAAGAAUCACAAUCUUGGUCUCGUGCGCGCGGGCGAACACUUGUUGGAGAUACGGUUCCGCAAGGCCAACAUGAUCCUGGAGAAGCUGGUGCUGGAUCUCGGCGACCUGCGGUCCACGUAUCUGGGGCCGCCGCAAAGCGAUGUGAAGGGCGAGAGGGGCGGCUCGACGGACGUCGGCAUCGAGGACAAAUUGAGGCUGAAGCUGGCGAUGGAGACUUCUGCGGAACAAGGUAGGGAGGAGUAG